GAGAGCACCUGAGCACAUUGGCUUUGCCUGGAAUAGGUGUGUCUCCCACCUCGCUGUGUCAGCAGGAGGUGGGGCUGGGGGCCAGCGGAGGAGGUGGAGCAGCAGGUGUAAGUCCACAUCUCACUGGGAGAAGGAAGAGCAGAUUUAAAGUGCCUGAACUUCACUGAAAAGAGAAAAAUCUCUCGGCCUCUGCCCACCUGCUCUGAGAAGAUAAUCUCCUUUGGUGCCGGGCACGCUUGGGCUCUUUGUUCUUUCCCGGGUGAAAGCGCGCGAGGCUCAGCGCUGCCCAUGGGAGCAGCCAGCAGUCCGGGCCUCCGUGGAAUAUGAACGUGAGAUUCCAGGUUACAGAUAUGGAGGAGAUGGUCAUCUGGGAGCAGUACACUGUGACGCUCAGCAAGGACCCUCGGAAAGGCUUUGGCUUUGCUGUCUCGGGUGGAAGGGACCGGCCCAGCGGUGUGAAUGGGGACACCUCCGUCUUUGUCUCUGAUGUGGUACCCGGGGGCCCAGCUGACGGCAGGCUCCAGGCAAGAGAUAACAUUGUUAUGGUGAACGGCCUUUCCAUGGAGAAUGUGUCCUCCUCUUUCGCCAUCCAGACGCUCAAAACCUGUGGCAAACUAGCCAACGUUACUUUGAAGAGACCAAAGAAAAUUCAACUUCCUGUUACCAAAACCAGCCAGCUGAGCAGUCAGCCGCUCCCUGGCAACUCCGUACGCUCUGCCAACACUGCCCGAUACGAUUCAGAUGGAGAAGACCAGGAAGACGAGCCAUCACCACGGAGCCCAGGGAAAGAGUAUAGGUAUGACAGUUACAGCAGGAGCCGGCCCCAGGACGACAUGGAUUACAGUAGAGGGUACGAUGGAGAUUCCUCUAGUGAGAGGAGCUCAGGCCACUAUCGGGAUGACAACAAUUAUCGGAAACAGUUGUCCAAAGGCAGGAGGAAGAGCCAAGAUGGUGGCUACAGGAGGCACAGCCAAGAUAGUGGUUCGGAUUGGCAGAGGUCACAGUCCACCAAUGGGUAUGGCAAGGAAGAGGAUACCAAUGGGCUGGCUCUAGUGUCUGGGUUCAAGAGGCUGCCACGCCAGGAUGUCCUCAUGAAACCCAUCAAAUCGGUUCUGGUGAAGCGGAAGGAGAAUGAAGAAUAUGGCUUGAAGCUGGGCAGCCAGAUCUUUAUCAAACACAUAGCAGAAUCCGGCUUGGCUUCCAAGGACAGCUCGUUGCAGGAGGGGGACCUCAUCUUAAAGAUUAAUGGCAUCACGAGUGAAAACAUGUCUCUGGGUGACACCCGCAGACUGAUUGAACGGUCAGAGGGGACGCUGACCCUGCUCGUGCUCCGGGACAACCGGCAGUUCCUGGUCAGCAUCCCUGAAGUGAGAGACAGUGACAGUGACAGCUCACAGAUGGAUGACAUCUCUGACAUCGGCUCUGAAUUGUCCCAUUUGCCCUCAGCAGAGAGUGCCCAGCGCUUCCCAGGGCCCCCCAGGAUGAAUUCACUGCCAGAGGGGAGACAGGGCAGCAGAGAACCAGCAGCUGCCAGGCCAGCAAAUGAAAUGCCCGUCUCAGACUCCCCAGAGGCUGCUGAGGAGGGCGGCUACAAUGUCACCUACGGCUCCCCCACUCCCAGAGCCAGCGAGAAGGAGGGGUACAGCCCGGAUGCCAAGAUUGUGCGCUUUGUGAAGGCCAAGAGCAUCGGGCUACGGCUGGCCGGUGGCAAUGAUGUGGGCAUCUUCGUGGCAGGCGUGCAAGAGGGGAGUCCUGCAGCCGGUCAGGGGAUCAAAGAAGGGGACCAGAUCCUGCAGGUGAAUGACACCAGUUUCCAGAGCCUGCCGCGUGAGGAUGCCGUGCAAUACCUCCUGAGCCUGCCGCCGGGUGAGGAGGUCAUCCUGCAGACCCAGCGCAAGCAGGACAUUUACAGGAAGAUGAUCAAGUCCAACGUGGGCGACUCGUUCUACAUCCGCACGCACUUCGACUUGGAGAAGGAUGCGCCCUCUGGGCUAAGCUUCACACGGGGAGAGGUUUUCCAUGUGGUGGACACCAUGUACCGGGGCAAGCUGGGCAGCUGGCUGGCUGUGCGCAUGGGAAGAGACCUGCAGGAGCUGGAUAAGGGAAUCAUCCCCAACAGAAGCAGGGCCGAGCAGAUUGCCAGCCUGGAGUCGGUGCUGAAAGCCACGGCCGCCCCCAGCUCCUCUGGGCCCCGGGCUGAGUUCUGGAAGCUGCGAGGCCUGAGGGGAGCCAAGAAGAACCUGCACAAGAGCCGCGAGGACCUGUCUGUGCUCACCAAGCAGGGCCACUACCCUCCCUACGAGAGGGUGGUGCUGAAGGAAGCCAGCUUCAAGCGGCCCGUUGUGAUCCUGGGCCCCAUCGCUGACAUUGCCAUGGAGAAGUUGGCAGCUGAGAUGCCCGACCAGUUUGAAAUUGCCUUGAGCGUGGCCCAAGACGCGGGGUCAUCCAAGGUCAUCAAGCUGGACUCGGUGCGGCAGAUUGCUGAGCGGGACAAGCAUGCCCUGCUGGACAUCACGCCUUCGGCAGUGGAGCGCCUCAAUUACGUGCAGUACUACCCCGUGGUGGUGUUCUGUGACCCGGACAGCCGGCAGGGCAUCAAGGCCCUGCGCCAGUGGCUUGUGCCCGACUCCAAGAAGAGCUCUCGGCGCCUCUACACCCAGGCUAUGAAGAUGAAGAAAUACUGCAGCCACCUCUUCACUGCCACCAUCAGCCUCAGCGGGAGCAGCAACACCUGGUACCAGACCCUGAAAGACCUCAUCAGGACACACCAGGCCCGGCCUAUCUGGACAACAGAGGAUCAGGUGGACGCCUCCCCUGUGGAGAACCUGGACCUGCUGAACCAGCAGGGCGCCGUGGGCUUGGGCUCAGGCUACCUGACCUGUGACAGCCGUGCCAACAGUGACUACGAGGACACCGAUGGCGAGGCAGGUGCCUACACAGACAACGAGCUGGAAGAUGUCUAUGACCAGCCGGCGCUGACCCGGUCAUCAGAGCCAGCGUUGGCCCGGUCAUCAGAGCCGGCGUUGGCCCGGUCAUCAGAGCCGGCGCUGGCCCGGUCAUCAGAACCAGCAGAGCCAGACCCGGCCCAUAACCUGAGUGAGCGGGUGGCAGCUGCACUGGCCUAUCCCACCACACAGCCUGCAACUCCUUCACUUCCACUUCCCCAGGAAGGAGACCAGCAAGCUCAGGGCCAGUGGAGACAGGAGUACAGCAACAUGCGGGAAUACGAGCAUGAUGCUCUGAAGAAGAAGUUCACACGGGCCAGGGACUAUGAUUCUGACCAAGAUGAAGACUAUGACUGGGGCCCGGCCACUGAUGUGUAACAAUGAGGACUUUGAGGACUUGUUCCCCUUGGAGCUGUGGUCUGGCCCUUGCUACUCUUAUGUGCACUCCCCAGUCCAGCUCCAUGAGGGGCAGGCCCAGGCCCAGCUCUGUCCUAUACAUGCUCUGCUGGCCUUGCCCUGAUCUGCUCAAGGGCUUUGCCCCAUCCACAGACUAGCAUAGCUCUGGUUCCGCCUAAACCAUGACAUCUGCAUCAGCGCAGCGAGCAGCUGGGCCAGGCCUAGUCUAAUUGUACCUGUAGUCUAUGGCUGCUUACACAUGAGCCAUGUGUGCGGCCAGACCCCAGGUCUUUGCCCUGUUCCAGCUGCCUGCAGCAACACCAACCCAGUGUCAUCUCAGUGACAUGUGGCACCAGGCUCCCCCAGCUCCAGCCCCUGCAAGACUAUGUGCGUGACCCUACAGACAGAGCAGCUGCAUGUACAGUGCUGUACAGACACAGGCAGCCUUUCCCCAGGGUUUGGUUUAUAAUAAAGGGGUCCUUUUCACUA